AUGACGCAGAGACACGAUAGUAAUAACUACGUUAUUCACUCAAGUCCACCUGAGCUAAAUCCAGAACCGGAUAUCUUUACCUCAACGUCCUUGAAGAAUUCCAAAGACAAAGAUACCCUAUUGAGGGGCAUCGGAUACCUGUGUGGCAUCCAAGUGGACGAUAACAAUGGCCCCAAAAGGCUCACACGUCAGGUAGCCAGGUCUCUUGGAGUUAACCCGCCAUUUGUUCAAGAAACAAAUGACUUUUUCACCGAGAAUAUUGCCACUACGACUGAGCGUGACACGAAUUAUGUCCACCAGGGUUGGUCCAUUGAUGCAACCUCAACAAUUUCUCCAUGGACUUUGUCACGUACUAUCACCCGAAAUGGGCCCAAUAAUAGCGGAGCCUGGAUUACGCGGCGGACUGUGAUCAAACGACUCAGCGUGCAAGUGUCAUUGACGGAUCUCGUUCCUACCUCAGAAUUCCAAGAUGAAAUUGAAGUGGCGCUGAGCCAGCCAACAGUUUUUCAGCAAUUCAGAGCGGUUUAUUGUACAUUUCACAAGUGGUCAGUCAAAUCAACCCAAUUCUGGGUGCAUGCAGUUGAUGAUGAGGUUCAUCUACCAGGGGUGAUGUGGUACCAUUGGUAUGGAGAAAUUGAUAUGGGUAUAUCUUUGACCUUCACUGAUCUUGAAUCCAAUAUAUCUCAACUUCCUGCUACUGCCAACUGGAGAGACACUUAUUACUUGAUGACGAUUCGAACUGGGCGUACAACUAGACAGGACGGUAAUAAUUCUGCGAAUUGGGGAAAAGAGGUGUGGCCAUCCAUGAGUUAUACAUCCCCGCUUACUUGGCGCCAGAUCAGAAUAACAAAAGUUGCACCUACGAUAGAACUUCUGCCACCCAAGAUUCAAGAACGACUCUUGGAGCUAUAUGCCAAGCGUUUAUCCUAUGUCCCAGCUAUCACGAUUGGGCCCGGAGAUAGUUCUAGCAAGACUUAUGAGGACACACCUCAUGCCACAAAGCAAAUAUCUAGCGUUACUGUCUAUACAUCUGACUGGAUCAGGAGCAUGAGAUUUACUUAUGCAGACAAAACAUGCUCUAUUAAGCACGAAGGAACUGAAGGGUAUGGGGCUGUGCAUGAAUUCAAGCUUGUAGAGGGGGAGUAUAUUACGGAAAUGAUAAUAUGGCACAGCCAACAGCAGUAUAUUGGAGGGCUUCAAUUCAUUACCAACCUAGGGAGGUGUUCUCCUCACCUUGGAGGGGGCGAGACUCAAGUCACGCCAACUAUAGCAAGAAGCAAAGGAGGAGUUUUGGUUGGUGUUAUCAGCCUAUUAAAGCGGCAUGAUUUGGGCUAUUUGUUUAGCAAGAUCCAGGCGAGUAAAGGCAUAUGGCGCCACGAUGUUUUCGAUAGAGUGCCAAAAGAGUGCGAUGUAUUUUCUGAUUAUUACGGUUCCAAGGACGGUCGACCCUUCAACGAUCGUAUUGUUGUACGGAACUCAGAUAUAGCUAUAUCCCAAAUCGAGGUAUGGAGCGCCGGGGUUAUUGAUAGCAUUCAGCACACACCCCAACAGUUUACAUACGUUGACAGUAAAAACAAGGCAGGGAGCCGAAUUCUGUCCGAUAGACAUGGGGGUAUGGGAGGCUCUAAAAAGGCUCCGUUUGUUCUUGGUUCAGGAGAGCAUAUCUUUGGUAUCUCUGGAAGGCAUGACAACAGUCGAAUCACCCAACUAACAUUUAUAACAAAUCGGGGACGGACUAGCGAUGUAUUUGGAGUGGGACAAUCGACCGGAGAAUCUCAGUCUUUCUCAGUUUCUUCCCCUGAGGAUCAUGAAGGGAACCGCAUGAGGCUGCAGUACAUAUGUGGAAAAUGCGAUACGUUCCUUAAUGGGGUUGUGUUUGCUUGGACUCCCCUAUAA